AUGUGAGCAGCACCAGCAGCGAAAACAUGGCGAUUCCCGUUAGUGCGGCUCGUCUCUGUCGCCUGGCGGGACGGACCGCCUACUCCCUGACAGUCCGACCCAGGCGGGCUGUCAGCCUGCCAGCGAGGACCUGCUUCAUCUCCACAUCCACGGCUAGCAGCCUGCAGUUCAGGCUUGAUGAGCAAACAGCCCACAGCAGUCUGGACCUCUUCAAGAAAGACACAGGUGUCAUCUACCGCAUGCUGGGCCUGGACCCCAGCCAAGUGCAAGACAACCCUGAGCGCUUCCGAGACUGGGCUGUUGUGUUUGGUGAUCAGAAGAUCAGCAGCGGACGACACUACUGGGAGGUGACGGUGAAAAAAUCUCAAGAAUUUCGUCUAGGUGUGGCUGAGGCGGCGAUGUCCAGAGAUGACUGUGUGGGCACCAACAGCUCCUCCUGGGUCUUUGGUUACGCUCAGCGGAAGUGGUUUGCCAUGACCAGCAAUAAGAUAGUUCCUGUUACACUAGUGGGCAAGCCAGACCGCGUGGGGGUCCUUCUUGACUAUGAAGGGGGCCUUCUGGGGCUGGUUGACGUGGAGGAGCCCAGGAUCAUUUACACCCUCAAGGCUCAGUUCCAGGCUCCUCUCUGCCCUGCGUUUGGACUUUGGGACGGGGAGCUGCUCACACACUCUGGUCUGGAGGAGCCUGAAGGCCUGAAGUGAAGCCAGAUAAACUAUGAUCCGAUCAUUGUAAUGGCUGUGAAAAGUAGUGGGCUAGGUUUGUUACCAUGGCAACACUUAUCACAACAAUAUCUUUAAUAACAGUGCAGGAAAGAAAGCAAUAUCUUUCUUAUGUAUCAUUUAUAUCUUAAGUAAAGGUGAUUUUUUUUUUUUUUCCUUUUCUUUUGUGGUCCAGUUAUGUGUUAACAAUGCAAUACUCUGUGUAUGUCAUCAAGCCUCAGGCAAUUUAUAAGUGUACCUCAUGCAUUACCUCUCAGACUAAUUUGAAAUUUGAAUGUGUGUUGGUUUUGAGAGGAACAUCAGCUGCCAAGUUUUUUGUAUUUUUUUUUUUUUUUUACACUGUAUGUGAUGGCAUUACCCACCUUUACAAACUUAAGUCCACACAAAACUGUUUUCAAACUCAUGUCCAUAGUCAAAUAA